GAAACAGUCACGCCGUGAGCCAAUAGACAAAGCGGGGAGGUGGAGGGCGCUGCUUCUGCAAACAGGAACAGGAAAGCGUCGCGGCCGGUGUUUCCGAAGCAGCUCCGUCCGCGCGUGGGGUAAAUGGUCAGACCUGCGAGAGAGAGUAACUCGCAGAAAAUCUGUGCAAUCGCCAGAAGUGGAAAAACGAUUCGAUGGCGCAUAAUCAAGAGUGUUACUACGUGAAUAAGCCAACUUUCACGGUUCAGUUAUCCAAUUUAAGUCGAACGUGGCUGAUUCAGUUGAACAAUAACUCCGGGUUCACACAACCUGCCCCACUACGCCACAACGGAACGUCAUAUCCCGCCUGUUGUUUUUAAGAACGCCGAGGGCAGAGCAAGCAAGCAAGACUCAGAUAAGGGCAAGUGGCCUCAUUGGAAGAGUCUGAGCGUGCUCAAGAGCAACCGGGCAUGCUCAGUAUUGCCCGGGCAGGACUUCGACACGUCGGGGGCUCGGACCGAGCUUCGCUUAAGGCAGCAUGCCUCAUAGGACAGAACUAUAUCAAGAUACUCCGUCCACUUGCUGGCCUAUUGUAUAUUCACCAGAUUACAACAUUUCAUUUCUGGGCCUGGAGAAACUGCAUCCAUUUGAUGCUGGAAAAUGGGGGAAAGUAAUAAAUUUCUUGAAAGAAGCAAAGUUAAUUACAGAUGACUUGAUUGUACAGGCUCGAGAGGCAACCGAAGAGGACCUUUUAGUAGUUCACACAAGACAUUACUUGAAUCGAUUAAAGUGGUCCUUUGUAGUGGCUACCAUUACAGAAAUCCCUCCAGUCCUUUUUAUGCCAAAUUUCCUUGUUCAGAGGAAAGUGCUCAGGCCUCUGAGAACUCAAACAGGAGGAACAAUAAUGGCAGGGAAACUGGCUAUUGAGCGAGGAUGGGCAAUUAAUAUUGGUGGUGGCUUCCAUCACUGCUCAAGUGAUAAGGGUGGAGGCUUCUGUGCAUAUGCUGAUAUCACAUUGACUAUAAAGUUUUUAUUUGAAAGAGUUGAAGGAGUUUCAAGGGCAACUAUUAUAGACUUGGAUGCACAUCAGGGAAAUGGACAUGAAAGAGACUUCUUGGAAGACAGGAGAGUAUAUAUUAUGGAUGUUUACAACAGGUAUAUUUAUCCAGGCGAUGGACUUGCUAAACGAGCCAUAAGACGGAGAGUUGAAUUGGACUGGGGCACAGAAGACACUGAAUACCUUCAAAAAGUAAAAACUCACGUGGAAGGUGCACUGAAUGAAAUGAGACCUGACAUCAUUAUUUAUAAUGCUGGAACUGAUAUUUUGGAUGGCGAUCCUCUGGGGGGCUUAGCUAUUUCACCUGAGGGCAUUAUCGAAAGAGACGAAAUUGUGUUCAGAGCUGCUCGAAAGCACAGAAUCCCUAUCCUGAUGGUGACAUCUGGGGGCUACCAGAAGAGGACUGCACGGAUUAUUGCUGAUUCUCUUCUCAAUUUGCACCAUCUCGGGUUGAUUGAUCAUGAGCUUGCAACUCGGGAAGCUGGAAGCACUAAGGUAGAACUAAUGAGCAAGGAACAUAAGGAAGAUAAUCUGGCCUCUCAGUAAAGGAGGGGAAUUUGGGAUCCCUGCAUAAUACACAAUUAUAAUUGUUUAAUAUUUAAACCAUGAGAUGAGCAAUAUCCCAAGUUCUCAUAGAAUUAAUAUACACUAAUGGAGACAGAUACUUAAUAGUAUCCUACUUGCUUUCCAGGGAUAACCUCAUGGGGGUUGUCACCACAACUUCUUCCAGUUCUUUUAAAUGCUGUUUUAUGAACUUAACACAGCCCUAACAUCUGGAAUGGGUUAGAUUUGCUCUGGUCUGAGUAAAGAAAUGAGCAGUACAUUUUCUUACCUCACAUAAUCUGGCUCUUCAAAUAAGAUUCGCAUUGUUUAAGGGAGGCAAGGAUUUCUGCAAGUGAUUAAAGGAACAUUUUGAAAGCUAGAGCAGAACUAUUUUCUGGAAGACAGCCAAGAUAAUGGAAACAUGAACAUAAUGCAAAGCAAACUCACUCUGUGUGUGUGUGUAUGUGUGUGUGUAGCAUUAUAAUGUCUUCCAUUUAUUUUUAAAUAAAAUUCUAGUGGGAAAAUAGAAAGAUUUAAAUUUUUUAUCAGAAAGGGAAGUUAGUACGAGUAUCUUUUUGAUCAUCUGAAAUAUGAUUAUAAUUCAAAACUACAGGCAAGGAUAGUGUAGCACUGUUAGAUUCAAAUCUGUUCGUUUUUCCCACUCUUUCCAGAAGUAUAUAACAGAACAGUGGUCUGUUUCUUAUUUUUACUGAAGAUUUAGGAUUAUAUGGACUAAAAAUAACACAAAUAAAUGUAAGAGUUUAUCACUGAUUUAAAAUACAAUGCUAAGUACUGUAUAGAUUGUAACAAAAUGUAUGAACUGACAUGUAUGAAGUAAUUUGCUCCAGAUUUAACAGCAAAAGGAUAAAACAAUUGCUACCACUUUUUCUAAACUGGUGCCUAUAAAAAUUGCAUGAUUGAGGCAUACUUGUUCGAUAAAAUCAAAAUUCUGUGUUGUAAUAUUCAAUCAUUAUCCUUUAUUAUAGAUCUCAUUGAUAAUAACAUGUAUUUCUUUAUAAUGGUACGACUAAUGAAUUCUGAAGCCUGGAAAAACUAUACAUGUAAAGUAAAAAAUUAAAUGUUUUUGUUUUCACUCAUAUUUCUAGAAGGUGUAUAGAUUUUUUGAGAGGGAUAGAACAUGCAAUAGUUUCUUUUUAAAUUGCAGAAAGCUAUUCUACGUAAACAUUAAGUGCUUUCUUUAAAAUGGCGCAACCCUUAUCAUUCAAAACUAUUUUUUUGAAGAAGUAGUUCCUAAGAAGGGAAAACUUGUCUCUAGUCUCAGGAGCUUUUAUUAUUAGAGACAAUUUAUAGUCAGAAAAUGAGAAGCAACGGAAUUGAUUUAUAUGUAUGUCUACAGGUCCUACAGAACUGUGGUACACAAAAUAAUGCUGUAAAAUUAAUGGAAAAAAAAUGAUCGGAAAGGCAGUGAAGUGCCAAAGGAUGUUAAUUCUCAGUGGCCUUGGUAUUUGCCAGAGUCUAUACAUCAUCACUGAAACUGAUAUGCAGUAAAAGCAGGCAGGCUGCAGAUUCCAACAUAUUCCAAACUCCAAAUAAACUAACAUAGGUAUUCUUUGAAAAUGAGAAUUACAGUAGUUAGGUGAUCAGUUAAACGUGUGCCAGUGUGCCCUGAAAAAAGAUAAACUAUUACAAAACAAAACAAAAAACAACCUGCCAUAAAUUUACUGGGAUGAUAAGAGCUAUGGUGGUGCAGUGGUUGGAAUGCAGUAUUGCAGGCUAAUUCUGCUGACUGCCAGCAGUUCGAUUCUCACCGGCUCAAGGUUGACUCAGCCUUCCAUCCUUCUAAAGUUGGUAAAAUGAGGACCCAGAUUGUUAGGGGCAAUAUGCUGACUCAGUAAACCACUUAGAGAGGGCUGUGAAGCACUAUGAAGUGGCAUAUAAGUCUAAGUGCUAUUGCUAUUGCUAUUGCUAUCUUGAAGUUGGAAUGUGUAGUGGGAAACAGAUAUGUGUCUUGUUGGUUGGUACGUGGCUGAACUCUCCACCAUAGCAGCCGUUCAUGCAGUCAUUCUAUGAAAUCACCUGCAAUGCUUUUGAAAUUUCCAAUAAAUCCCCUAGCCUGAAAAGAUUGUCUGUUCCUGAAAUACAAAAUCAAACACAUCCCAGUGCAUUCAUUUACUGUAAGUGUCAUUAGGCUACAUUAGCUGUUUUGCAGAAUAAGCAACAUUGCAACUGAAGUGCAUCCUUUGAUAACAAACUACCCAGGUUCAGGUUCAUAGAUACAGUCCUUAAAGCAUGGUCAUCGAAUGUUAGUAUAUUUCAAGGGUUAAAUGGCUUGCAGGGUUUAAGAAAUGAUAUAAUAGAGCAACUCAAACUGAGUUAAUAUUAAAUCUCAACCAGAGGUAUGUUGUUAUAGAAAGAACUCAAGUGUGCUAGGAAUUAUUUUCAUUUAAGUAAACUUGAUGCUCUGGAUUAAUAUUUAAUGGCAAUAUUAUCUUUAAAAAAGCACUUUCCUCUAGUGUUUAAAACACUUAAGUCCUGAGAUGUAUUUUUUACGUGGUCUAAUGUAUUUUAGAGUUGUUAUACGAAAUAAUUUUUUUACCGUGUUUACAUUUGUAUUAAUUUCAGUCACUGUAAUAUGUACUAAAUGUGAUGUUUAAUUUUAUUUAUGGAUAAAAUUAAAAUAUUGUUAAUUUUU